AUGUCCAUGAGCGUCAUGGCACUGUUCUCAUUGCUCACGUUGACUGUACCAGCAGUGGCCCAGAAACUUACUUUCUCACAAGGCUGCGGCGCCUGCGGAGCGACUUGGACACUCGAAGUGGUUUGCGGUGCCACGCUGAAAGUCGAGGCAGACUGCCCGGACACGAAGUGGUGUGGUCUUGGCUUCAAUGCCGAGAAACCUAAGAUGGAUGGGACUGAUGUCUUCACCUUCGGCUACCAUCCGGGCGUGGACCUCAGCGACUGCAAAAGAAGUGGCUGCGGAGGUGCCUGCGGAGGUGCCUGCGGAGGUGCCUGCGGCGCUUGCGGUGGCACGGGAGGCUGCGGGAAAACUGGGGGUCGUCGCUUGCGAGGACAGAGCAGCCCCUUCCUGCCUCGUGUCCGCACCCUGGAGCUGAGCUUGCCCACGCCACAGCAGCCUGGUAGCCCCAAGAGCCUGUCUAGCAAGGAGGGCAUUGCAGGGGUGGCUAUGAAUUCCGUGCUCUUUGUGCAUGAGCAUCCUGGAGAGGGCAUGACAUGGGUCUUGGAUAAUUGCGGUGGCCAUGGCGACACCUUUGGCCACUACCAUUACCAUGCUCCUCCUCUGUGUCUCCUGCGCUCGCUGGGUGUGGCUGUACCUUCUGGCGACUGGUGGAAGCGUGGUGGAAGGUCAGCUUGGGCGUCUGAGGGUCCAGAGGUGCAGGUCGGAUGGGCUUUGGACGGUGCGCCGAUCAUGGGACCCUACCGCGCCGGCGCAUUGGCAGAUGUAUCAGCACUAGAUGAAUGCCACGGUGCUUUGGACGAGGCAACAGGCGAGUACAAGUAUUACAUGGUUUUGGAGGCUCCCUACAUGCCGCCUUGCCUUCGCGGCACGCUUGGUAACAUCACGGGCUACCGCAACCAGAAAGCCGGUGAGCCUUGCAACCGCCAGCUGAGCCUGACAGCGGCUCUUGUUGUGAGCCCUGCGGCCCAGGGUCGUAUCCUUCAUGGGAAUGGCUGCCCAGGCCAUGCUGUCUUUGAAGAUGUCAAGACUGGCCGCCCGGCAGGCUCUGAGAAGGGCUCCUUCAGGCAGCUCAGCAACACUUUCCUGGGAACAUGCCCAGCUGGAGGAGCUUGCGGUGCCUGUGGCGCUUGCGGCGCUUGCGGUGCCUGUGGUGCCGCCUGUGGUGCCACCUGUGGUGCCUGCGGUGCCUGUGGCGCUUGCGGUGCUUGUGGUGCUUGUGGUGCCGCCUGUGGUGCCUGCGGUGCCUGUGGCGCUUGCGGUGCUUGUGGUGCUUGUGGUGCCGCCUGUGGUGCCUGCGGUGCCUGUGGCGCUUGCGGUGCUUGUGGUGCUUGUGGUGCCGCCUGUGGUGCCUGCGGUGCCUGUGGCGCUUGUGGUGCCUGUGGCGCCGCCUGCGGCGCUUGUGGCGCUUGUGGUGCCUGCGGUGCCGCCUGUGGUGCCUGCGGUGCUUGCGGGACAUGCGGUGCCUACCAGUGCCUGGGGCAGAUGUUCUGCGACCGAGGCCUCACGCAGAUGCACAAGGGAGUGGCACUGAGCCUGUCACAGUGCAACUUGAAUGGCUACAACAUCGUGAUCGACCAAAAGCAAGACCUCACGGACGUCAGCUACGUCUUCGAGAAUGGCCGCAUGAAGGUCACCGCAAAGCGUGCCUUCAACACGGGCGAUUCUACAGACCUGGUACUGGCUUCUGGAACCCCAUACUACGUAAUCAUGGCAAUUGGCGGCAACAAUCCUACCAUGAAUGUGGGUUACCAUGGCACCUCAGCUACUCAGAACCUGGUGUGUCUCAGCACCUUGUCCCAGAAGUACGACUGCAAGGCCCCGUCAGAGUGGGACAAUGUUGCGCCUUCGUUGCCCAGCACUGACACAAGCGCCGGAGUAGCUCCAAGGCAGUUGGCGCCUGCCCUCAUGGCAGCUUCCUUGUUGGUGGCCAGCUUGUCAUAA